UGGAAUGCUUAAGAUGUAGUGAUGUCGCUGAUCCGAAAAUGUGUAAUAGCACUGCAGUAUGUUCUACUGGUCAGUCAUGUUUCGUGCAAACGACACAGACAUCACCUGCCAUACGAUACGAGAUGGGCUGCCAAAACAAUCAGCUGUGCACAAGCAGCAACUUGCAUGGAGGAGCAGGAAUUAUCGGACGGGCUUUGAACACUCGUCAAGUGACCGCCUGCCACGAAUGCUGCUUGUCUGACAACUGCAACGAAAGGCUUUGUGCACACAGAAAACCCACUGCAUGCAUUGACUCGGCCUCGGUGGACUGCGCACUUCUCAAUUCGCUCUUGAAUGUAUGCACAGACGUAGAUCAUGCGAAGACGAUAUGUCCGAAGUACUGCGGACUUUGCUCUCUAGUGGAUGGAAACUGGGCUGACUGGUCUACAUGGUCUCAGUGUGACGUCACCUGUGAAAGUGGUACGCAAUUGCGUACACGCACCUGCACAAAUCCCGCACCCAAUAAUGGCGGACUCGAUUGUGUAGGCUCAGCCAAUCAGACAAAAGUCUGUGUGAAGGAACUUUGUCCCGUGCAUGGCGGGUGGAGCACUUGGACUAGCUGGGGUUCGUGUUCUGUGUCCUGUGAUGCAGGACUUGCUACUCGCCGUAGGAAUUGCAAUAACCCUAAGCCGGAUAGAUUUGGUGACCACUGCUUCGGAGAUUCAUUUGAAGCAAGGAUAUGCAUGCAAAGACCAUGUGCUGGUAAGGAUGGUGGCUGGUCGGAAUGGUCGUCUUGGGGUGUAUGUGAGGAGGGACAACUUGGGCGAAACCGCAGCUGUAACAAUCCAGAACCAUCCGUAUCCGGCAAGCAGUGUGCAGGAACAGAUAUGCAAACUAAACCAUGCUCACUUCAGAAAUGCUAUUCCAGAGGAGAUAUGGUGUACUUCAUUGCCCAUUCCUACGAAAUGUCCCAGGCACAUUAUUUGAUCUGCCCAACUGUUGUGGACAAUGUCGGCAAUGGUUACCAUAGCAACAACGGCUCCUUUGUCGCGCCUGUCAGUGGGCAGUACUCCUUUUCUGCUCAGAUAUGUACAUCCGAUACAAAGACCUUAGAUGUCCAGAUUCGCGACGGUAUUGGUCACGCUAAAGGCUUCAAGACGCCAUUGACACUGAAAGACGAUGUCACACCCAAGUUCAUGAAGGCAAGGUCGGUUCCGUUUUCAAUGAAAUCGAAAAUCGAGAAAGAACUUAACAACCUUGAAAGAGAAGGAAAAUUCACGAAGGUUAAUACAAGUGAGUGGGCUACACCAAUCGUAUCUGUUUUUAAAUCAACGGGAGAUGUCAUGAUUAAAGGAUAUUUCAAGGUCACGGUCAACCAGGCCCUGAAGGUCGACAAAUAUCCACUCCCACGUGUGGAUGACAUUUUCGCUAAUCUGUCACAGGGACAGAAAUUCACGAAACUGGAUUCACGCCAGGCUUAUCUACACUUCGAGGUCGACGACAGUAAGGAGGUACUGACAAUCAAUACACUAUACCGCUAUAACCGGUCUUUGUAUGGAAUUGCCUCAUUCCCUGCGAUAUGGCAGCGCACAAUGGACACAAUAUUUUAG